AUGGAACAAGAGGAAGAGAAGGCGGAUGAAGAGAUGCAGGAAUGUGACGACAACGAGGCAGGCGAUAAGAUUGGCAAGGAUGGUAAGGAUGAGAAGGAGGACAGAGAUGAGGUGCUGGAGGAAGAGGAAGUUGUGGAGGCGGCCGACGACAGGAUUGGCAAUGAAAUGAAGGAUGACAAGGAUGGUGACGAGGAGAUGCGGGUGGCCAAUGGGGAGGAGCAGAGUACCGAAGAUGGUAAGAGGGCCUCUCAGGACAAGAAGGAUGCCAACAUGGAGGAGGAGCAGAGUAUGGAAGAUGUGAAGAAAGCCUCUCUGGACAAGGAGGUGGAUGCCAACAUGGAGGAAGAACAGGAUACUCACAUGGAGAAGGCAGCGACCAAGAAGGCAUCCGCACUGUAG